GGUAGGCGGCACCCUCCAGGCAGGGGCCCUAGCAGCACUCCGCAUCGACACCAUUGUGUGAGUUACUGUUUGUUUACAUUUUAGUGUGGUGCCUUUGCCCCACCCUUGCAGGAGUCUUCCCUCCUGGCCCUUCCUGCCCGCCCACCAGUGCGAACACCAGCGCAAAUGCCAGCACGCUCUUACAGGGCGCGCCUGUUUGCGCACACUGUUUGCGUGGCGCAGCUCAGGAGCAUGGCUCCCUACCAGCUCAACUAAAAGGGACACGGGGGGCUUCCCCUCCAGAUCUGACUCAGCUGUGCCGGCUCCCUCUGCCCCACUUACCUUUGGGGGAUCAGCUGUUGCUGCCCCCACUGCUGGCUCCUCUGCUGCUGCGUCCUCCUCCGCCUCGGGUCAGGUAAGAGGGCACAUGUGUGUGCAGGACGCACGUGUGCCCAGAUCCUUCCUCUCCUUCCUGCCCCUGGCUCCCGGGGUGUGUGUGUGUGUGUGUGUGUGUGUGUGUGUCAUUGGGGUGUGAGCUUGCUAGAGGGCAGAAGUCUAUUUUAAUUGGUCCCUGUUACUCUGUAUUGUCUUACAUAAUGCACAUCUCAGGACACUUAAGAUUCCUUCACUACCUUUAGAUCAAAGGCCCCCUGAUGGCAAAGCAUCUUACAACUUGCCCUACCUGAUACUGGUUGAAAUUCAGGGAUGGAGUGGUGAAGGAGUGGUUUUGGUCAGACUAGUCAUAUGAGGUUCAAAGCGAGUCCUGAGAUCCAAUGAGUAUGUCCUUCCCCCCGGUGGCCUGAUGGAGACAGACCUGGAACUGACAUUCUCUUUACAGUAUCCACAUUUCCUGAAGAGGGAUGGCAACAAACUGCAAAUCAUGCUACAGCGAAAGAAGAGGUAUAAGAACCGCACUUUUCUGGGCUACAAGACUCUGGCAGUUGGCAUCAUCAACAUGGCUGAGGUGAUGCAGCACCCAACAGAUGGAGGGCAGCUUCUCAGCCUGCACAGCAGCAUGAAGGACGUGAGCAUCCGAGUGGCUGAAAUCAGUAUCUAUUCCCUGUCGAGCCAACCCAUUGACCAUGAAGAUGGAAAUGUGCCCUCUGGCCCCAAAAUCAAAGCCUCAGAUCGUUCUCCAGACAUUGAUAACUACUCUGAGGAAGAGGAUGAUAGCUACUCCUCGGAGCAGGAAGCCAGUGACGAUGCUGUACAGGGCCAGGAUUUAUAUGAUGAAGAAGAUGAAAUGAGGAAGCCUAAGAAAGCCAGGAGGAAAAUGAUCAGAACCACAUCAAUGACCAGACAACCAAACUUCAAGCAGAAAUUUGUUGCUUUGCUGAAGAGAUUUAAAGUGACAGAUGAGGUUCUGGAUUCCGACCCAGUGGAUCAAACCCAGGACGUGGAGGAGGACCUGGGUCUUCUUUAUGACAGCUUGGAGGAAUGCAACAACAGCGACAGUGGCCCAGAGAUGGAGGAUAAUGAGAGUGUGCAUAGCACACCCAAGCCCACCCUGAGGCGUUUCUUUGAGGGAGUCUCUCACUCUGGUUCCCAGAGUGAGAUCGGCAGUCUGCACGGCCAGAAAGGGCAGGAGCGAGAAUCUGGCAGCCCUGGAGAAGUGGACAAGUGGAAAGUUGGAACCUCACGGGCCCUGGAGGAGGUUGACACGGAAGUCUCUACUGGGGUUACGAAACGCCUGGACACAGGAGGAGGGGUGGAUGUCGUAUACUUGGACUUCAGGAAGGCCUUCGAUACGCAGGAGCUAGAAGCAGAAGAGUCCUCCCCUCGGCCAGGCCCAACAGAGACCUCUGCAAGGGAGAGCAAUGUGGACAGACUAGCCCAGCUGGGCAACACCAGCAAGCCUGAACUUCCGAGCACCGUGUCACCCAGCAAGGCUGAGAGCAAGCAGCUGUGGCGGCCCCGCAGCACCUCCAUGAAAGACCGGCAGAACUCGAAGGCCCAGAGUGACCGUGCCAGCAGCCUAGACAGCGAGAGCUCCCCGGACUCCCGGCUCAACACUCAGGCGCCCCGGAAGUCAGUUUAUGAUCAGCUGAACCAGAUCUUGGUCUCAGAUGAGCAGCUUCCCGAGAGCAUCAUCCUGGUGAAUGCUGCUGAAUGGCAAGGACAGUACGUGAGUGAGCAGCUCCAGGCCCACAGGCAGCCCGUCGUCUCCACCUGCUCCAUGGCAGAUGUCCAGGCUGCCUUCAACACUAUCGUUGCUCGCAUCCAGAGAUACUGUAACUGUAACUCCCACAUGCCUCCCCCAGUCAAGGUGGUCGUGGCAGGAGACCAGAGCUACUUGAGUGUGGUCCUACGCUUCUUUGUGGAGCAGCUGGCCAGCAAGACCCCUGACUGGCUCAACUACCUCCGCUUCCUCCUGGUGCCGCUGGGCCCUGCUUCCAGCCACUGCCAGCUCCUGCUCUCUCACCAUCACCUCCUCCUCCUCCUUCCAGGCUCCCAUCCCCUGGCCAAAUACCUGGCAUCUGUGGAUAGUAAGUACAAUGCCCUCUUUCUGGACACAGCCUGGAGAGAGCUGUUCAGUAAAGUCGAGGCCCCCAGCUCAGACACUGUGGAUGUCCCAGGCCGAGUUGCCCAGUUCAUUGCAGGGGCCAGCCUCUCUCACCAGCUGCCCAUUUCGGAGGCCAUGCUGACUUACAAGCAGAAGAGGAAGAGAAGUCUCUAUUUUGAUUUUUAUAUCAGCCCGGAUGAGGACUCCUGCCAGAAGUUUGUGCCAUUCGUGGGGGUGGUGAAGGUGGGGCUUGUGGAACAGUCCUUCAGUGCCUCAGUGGACUCUGAUGACGCCACCAUCUGCACCACCUCCCUCCUGAGCUCUGGUACACCAUCAGGUGGAAGCACUACAUACAGCAAGGAGGCUGUCGGCACCCCACCGCCUUCUCCGUCCAUCAGUAGCAGCCUCUCAGGGACUGGGUCCCUGAGCCCUGGGGUGGAGGUAAUGGGCUUGCAGGUUGAUUACUGGACAACUCAAGGGCCUGAGAAGAAAAAGGAGGGAGAGAAGCGGGAGACAGGCAUGAAGAACACGCUGAAGAGCAACUUCCGUUCGCUGCAGGUCAGCCGCCUGCCCAGCACUGGGGAGCCGGCCCCGCCCACCACCAUGGCCAUGACCGUGGUCACCAAGGAGAAGAACAAGAAAGUGAUGUUCCUGAGUAAGAAACCAAAAGAGAAGGACCUAGAGCCCAAAAGCCAGGUGAUUGAAGGGAUCACACGCCUGAUCUGCACUGCCAAACACCAGAACACUAUGCUGCGAGUUUCCAUCGAUGGUGUGGAGUGGAACGAUGUGAAGUUUUUCCAGCUUGCAGCACAGUGGCCAACGCAUGUCAAGUAUCUCCCUGUGGGCAUCUUCGGCUACAUGAAGAGUGCAUGAGGUGGCACAGCAGCCAAGAGAAGGACUCCACUGAGCAGGGCCAGAGUGGGGAGCAGACCCUUUUCCUUUCCCUUCCCCUCCCACCAGGCACUGUAGGAGCUGCCUCCUGCCAGCAUGGGCUGGCUGCAAGUGUAGCCCCUUCCCUGUUCUUCAGGGAGAUGACACAUUUCUCUACAUGUACACCCUUGAGGCUUUUUAAUGUGAUGCUGUGGCAGGUGAAAUGGUAUCAGGCAGCUUCCAGUAACAGCUAGAAAUCUGAGCCUGUCCCCUCCCAUUACAAGGGCAUAGCAGCACCCCUGCCCUGGGGUAGGGAUGGAGGCUAGGAACUGCCACAGAGACCAAUGCUGCAGUAGUACUGAGGACCUAGGCAAGAGGAGCCCUGCUGCUUACCUAGGUGCACAAGUGCAGGUUAGAGGAGCCCCUAUAUCCUGUCAUCUAAGAAACCUGCCCUCUCCCCCCACCCUGCUGAGCCACUGAGGUUAGAUGGCCUCUGCAUGAGUGUUUUGAGCCAUGGAGCCCAAGGGGCAGGGGAAGAGAUGCAAGCUGUGCUCUGCAGGGAGCAGUCACCCCAUGGCAGAAAUGGCUGGCAGCACCAGUCAGGUCACAGGAAGGACACUAGGCAAGGGGUCUCUUCCCCUGCAAUCAGCUUUUCCUGGGUGGUUGUGGCUGGGGGCAGUGAACAGAUGGCAAGACUCAGCUUUGUGUCCCAGCUGGCAUUCUAAGUGAGCAGCAUUCCCCAGGCUGGGAGGCAAGAACUCACCCUGCAAACAACAGCAAGAGGCCCCCACUACUCCUUUAAAGCCCUGUGGCACAAAAGAGGCAGGUGAGUUGAGCAAAGCAGAAGACAGCAGGAGCUGCACAAAGGGCACAGGGAAAGGCAAGGACAGGGUCAGUCAAUGUCAGCUUGUGGGCAGGCAGUGCCCCUGCCCUGGCGUCAAGCAUGCGUGGUGUUCGUGGUUGUGCUGUGCUGCCAUGUUCUCUUGCAGUGUUGGAGGCUGCUUCUUGCACUAUCCUGUACGCUCGACUCCUCCAAGCCUGUAAGUGGCUGAUGCUCAGUCACUAUGCUCCUUACGUACCCCUCCCAUCCCCCCACUUCCUCCCCACCACCCACCUACCUUAGGAUACAUCUUACCCAGAGCCCGCAAAAGGCUCUAGCACUUUACCGUGCCCAGCCAGUCCAAGCUCAAGUAACAGCUUUCCACUGCCAUUUCUGCUGCUGGCCCAUCUGCCCUGCCCAGUCACUCCCACUGCUGAGGGCAACCAUCAAGUACUGCAGUGGAUUAGUAAGACCCUACAGCCACACCCCAGGGAUAAGAGCUGCAGAGGUGUGGCACCUACCUGAGGGCCAGGGGCAAGGAAGUCUUGUACACAUUGGUAUUGGUGGGGGGUUGGAAAGCUCUUCCCAGGGUAGAGCAGCUUCUUUGAACAGCCUGCAGCAGCUAACAUAUCCCUCCCCCAAAGGAAUCACAACAUUUCUGCUGGGGCCUGGAGGGUGAGGUGAGUGGGCUGUGUGGCCAGGCCAAACCCUGGGAGCUGAAGUCGCCUGAGCUGUAAAGGCUGUCCCUGACUGAACUCAAGAGACCUAAACUGUGGGGCGGUGCUGCCCGCGGGGCAGGACGGCAGCAGGUUACCCCCCUUUUUUACAAGAUUCUAUUUUUUUUAACUUUAUUGUAUGUUUGCUUUUCUGGAUUCAUUUUAAUAAAUUAAUGCUGGUACCGUG